AUGAGUAUUAAGCUUGUAGUUGGUGGGUUUACUAUAAACGUGAUUAGUGCAUACGCUCCUCAGGUUGGUUUGGACCAGGAGGUCAAGAAGCAAUUCUGGGAGGAUUUGGACGAGAUGGUGUGUAGUAUCCCGCAAACAGAGAAGUUGUUCAUUGGUGGAUAUUUCAAUGGCCAUAUUGGGGCUAGUGCUAGGGGUUAUGAUGAUAUGCAUGGCGGGUUUGGUUUUGGGGAUAGGAAUAAGGGAGCUAACUCGAGUUUUCCGAAGAGAGAAGAGCACCUGGUCACUUUUCAGAAUUCAAUGGGCAAGACUCAGAUUGAUUAUCUUCUCUGCAGGAAAUGCGAUAAAGGUCUGUGCACUGAUUGCAAGGUCAUCCCAAGUGAGCACCUCACGACCCUACAUAGGCUCCUAGUUAUGGACCUAGAGAUCAAGAGGAGUAGGAGGAAGAGGGCGGUGUGUAGGCAACCUAAGAUCAAGUGGGGUAACUUGACCAAGGACAAAGCUCAGGAGUUGGGGGAGAAGUUGUUGGCUAUGAGGGCCUGGAUGAGUAGGGGGACGCGUCUAGUAUGCGGUUCACGACUGCGAGUUGCAUUAGGGUAG